AUGACCGCGGAACCAUGGCGUCCGCAAAUCUCCCACAUCAUGACCGAUACAACACACCCAUUUCUUCGACCAGACCCGUGGGCCGCAGACCGCGAGAGAGCCCGCGUUGAACAUCUUGGCGGUGCUGACGUGCGUGCAGAGCAUGUCCUCCGUGGUUCAAAGUCGUUCACAGCACGCUCAUUUCGAUCGCGUCCUUCCGCUCACAGUCUGCGGGUUCCUUCCAGUCGAUCCAACAACGAGAAUCUGUCGAUCGAUACCAACGCUUCAGAGACACUGCCGCAACCGGGAUACACUCGAAUUGUCCCACUCGCUACCAACACCCUCCAAGUUCUUGGAGAGAUCGCACCCAACAAUCAGAUGCUUCGCACAGGCCCACUCCUCGACAAAUUGCGUCCUUCACCCACUCCAUCUCUGAAGCGGAAGAAGGCAGAGGCCAUCGUCAAAGCUCAUGGCUCGCCCACCCAUAUUCGUGUCACCGCAGGCGGACGGAUUGUCCCAUCGGAACAGUCUCCUCUGUGCUACCCACGUUACGGGUACAGUGCGAUCAAUCUCAACGGCGGGCUCAUCAAAUUCGCUCCCAACGUUCAGGCUGGGCAGCCACAGUGGACCAAGGCCACCGAAAAUGGUUUCGUGGCCCAAGAUGAGCACGGGAACCUCUCCCAGAUCGUCAAUGGCGCUAUUCUGCCACUACAUGAAGUCGACGGCGCUCUGCGUUUGUACAUGCCAGCACCAAAUCUCAAAAUUUCGAUCAACGGUCCGCAGCGMAACACUUCCAAGCCUCCAACCAGUACUGCCCUGGAACACCAUGCUGGCAAACAACAGGAUGCUUCACAGAGCAAUGCUGUGCCGGUGCCGGAGAUCUCUGUCGAUGCUCAAAUUCAGGCGCUCGAUGUCGAGUACUCGAAGCUCGAGCGUGAACUCAAGGAACUUAACAAGGCCGAAGUCAUUCACGGCCGCGCGAUGAGUAGGGCAGCCAAAGAAGCCUUAUUUGCUCAGCGACGCAGUUUGGUGGCCGGUCUGGACAAACUGCGCAAGGGAAUCAAGGCGCUCAAGAACCAGCCUCCACCAAACGCUCCCACGUCACCGCGUGCCAUGAUUGGUCGCCAUCAGAUGUCGCCGUCUCGGAACCGCCUACCAUCGUUCUUGCAGAUGCAGCAGGCGAGCGGCAUGGUCGCACAUCACGUACAUCAGAGUAUCAACUACCAGACCCUACCACCACCGGCCUCUUUCGGCAGCCAGUAUGGUAUUCCUGCACCAACCGACGAGUCAUAUGCCGGCCACUCCUGGGCCGUUCCACCUCCUGGUGUCUUCGCACCGCGAUCCUUUGAUGGCUCGUUCUCGGUGUAUCCGCAGCCGAAUACCGCAGGACUGAGCCUCCAGCCGCCAAUAGCGCCACCUGUCACGGAGAGCAUCGUACCGCAGAGCGACGGUGCAAGAUCUCUCAGCGACUUACCGGUCGCUUCACCCCACCGCUCUCGCGCCGUGUCCAUCAAAGUGCCGGAGGUCAAGCCUCCGACCAACGUGAAGUCGAACCUCAAUCCCAUGAGUCCUGUCUACAAACCUGGCUUCGGACCUUCUCGAAACGUGAUCGCCACCGAGGAUAGAACGGCGCAAAGUGGGCAAACUUCUGUUGGCCCCACCCAAUCGGCACCACAACAGCCAUCGGGCGGUUCCAACGACAACAACCUCGUAGCAACAGCUUCUCCGGAGACUACCUUCAACAUCAGUCCUUCGAAGACGAGCGGUCACCUUCGCAGUUCAAGCAUAUCCAGCUUUGAGACAGCGGAUUUCUUUCCGACCAACCCUCGCGAGUACUCGACUCGCCAGCAUGACUACCCAAUCAGAGGUAGUAUGUCAGAGGACAAGACUAGCCGUCAACAAACUCAGACUUCGGAUUCCAACGAGGAUCUUCCCAUCACUCCUGAGCAGGAUCAGAACACCGAUCAAGGCAGGUUCAGAGCGACAGCUGCACCUCCGGGGACACCCGUACUCGACACCCAGGGUCGCCCAUCCAUGCCAGUGAAGGUCGAUGGUUAUCGCGAGGAACACAACGUCAGCCCAAAGAACAAGCGUGAGUGGCUCUUUGUUGCAGAGGAUCCUAGCGAYCCUACGAACAAGGCUCUUCCAUCGUCGUCGCCAAUGAAGGGUCAGCCUUCGUUGGAAGCGGUCAAGCGAAUUCCUUCCAACAACACACUCGACUUUUCUCAGAAGCCUCGCGAGUGGAUUGAAGGCUUUCAAGCUGGUCUUCACCGCCGAUCUAUCGGUUCCGAUUGCAAUGGUAAGUUCAUUGAUGGAUACUGUUCUGGUCUGCUACGAUCGAAACCAAAAGGCGCUGGGCCAGCUUCUGUUGCUCCAUCGACUGGCAGCCCCAUGAAGACGAUAUCUCGCCGUCCAAGCCCAGCCCUGGUGUCUCGUUCGUCGAGCCAUCUGCAGCUGGUCGAGCAGGCACCUCCUACCACUCGCCCUCCAUUCGAGACUGCUAUGCACAGCAUGGACUGCCUGAAGCAAGCCGUGUCGGCACCUCGGAAUGAAAAUGCAAUUCUGAUGCCUACUCCCGAUGGACCCCACAUUACGGAGACGGCGCCCAGCCAUCAUCACAGCUCCGCUGCGCAGGCCAACAUCCUUUCCGGGUUCCCCUUCCCGAAGCGUACCUCGUCCGUCAUCAAGCAACAUCGCAUCUUGUCAGAAGGCAGCACGCCUCAGGAGAUGGGCAAGUUCCAAGACCCUCGACGUGUGACUGAUUUGUCUGGAUCAUACUUGGGACCCACUACAUUGGAUCGCUUCAGCAAUCAGCCCGCAUCACCGGCUCUGAGUACCAUGAGCGUGACUUCUGGUAGCGAAUCGAACAACUCCCACCGUGUCAUGAGCUUGUCCGGCAUUGACUCCAAUCUCACUCGCCAGUGGCCAUCUUCACGUAUGAUCACACCCAUUGGCAGCUCAGUCGCCCAGGCCGCUGGCUUCGCGACUGGAUAUUUCGCCAGCGCUCAAUUCGAUGGCGCCCCUCAACUUCAGCGUGCGACCUCCAUCGUCAGUGCCGGGGUUCCACGUCCACGUACCGGUCGGUUCCGCGAAGGAUCCACUGAUGAGGAUGCACUUCCACUGUUGUCUCCCUCAGGCUCGCCUCCAGAGACAUCACCGGAUCAGACGCCGCGCGGCAGGAAGAAGGAUUCGAGCCCAGUGAAAGGCACAUCGCCGGCCAAGGCGAAGUUUGAACACAUCGCCGAAAAGGUUGGCAUCAAAGUUGCGGCCACCUCUUCGACCUAG